AUGCUCCUCACCUCAUGCUCCACAGCUUCAUUUUUCCUGCAGUACAUUGUCAGCACACCCAUCGGCAACCUGGAGGAUGUCACGCUGCGUGCGCUGCGUGUGCUGCGCACCGCCAGCCUGGUGCUGGCCGAGGACACGCGACACACGCGCCAGCUGUUCAGCCGGUAUGACAUCCACACACGCCUAGAGUCCUUCCACCAGCACAACGAGCGGCAGAAGGAGGCCAUGGUGCUGCGCCAGUUACAGCAGGGUGCCGCCAUUGCCCUGGUUUGCGACGCGGGCACGCCUGCCAUCAAUGACCCUGGAGCCGACCUGGUGGCGGCGGCAGCAGCAGCAAACGUGCGCGUCAUCCCAGUGCCUGGCCCCUCAGCGGUGCUGGCCGCGGUGGUGGCCUCGGGCCUACCCACACAGCAGUUUCUGUACUGCGGCUUCACAGCGCCCAAGGCGGGUGCGCGACAGAAGCAGUUGUCCAAACUGGCGGGGCAGGAGGCGACGCUCGUCUUCUACGUGUCGCCGCACUCGCUGCUGGCGGCGCUGGAGGAUGCCGUCCAGGUGCUGGGCGCCCACCGCCGUUGUUGCCUGGCCCGGGAGCUGACAAAACGGCACGAGGAGCUUUGGCGCGGCAGCCUGGGGGAGGCGCUGGCGGAGUUCAGCGAGCGGGGUCCACGUGGCGAGUUUGUGCUGCUGAUAGAAGGGUCUGGCAGCGCGGCAGCGGUGCAGGGAGAGGCGGUCAGCGAGGACCAGAUUGUGGAGGCUCUGCGGCAGGCGGUCGCGGCGGGGCAGUCGCCCAGCUCGGCUGCACGAAGCGUAGCAAAAGCGCUGGGGCAGAGUAGGAAGCUGUGCUACUCUCUUUCGCUGGGCUUGCAGGCCAUUGAACCGUCAAGCUAG